CGUCGUUUACGUAUUACUCGCCUAUAUUGGCCUGUCUCAUUACUACGAGUAUUAAUUUCGCAGACAAGACAUUGUUUAUCUCCAGUGGCGAAGGCUUCAGAUAACUCGAGAGAUGGUGAAUGGAGCGUAUUAUUGGACAAGUGGACAUUUUAACCAUUGAUUGGCCGAAAUGUAGUCACGUGACCGUAAGGGCCAAUGACUGCCGAAAAAGUUGUCAACAAGGGUGGAGGUGUUCUAGCAGUGUUCUUCGGGACAUUUAAAUUUUAAAGGCAGAAGGAUAAUACAAUAACACUCGUUUCCCUUGCGAUAAUUGCAGAUUGGCGAUCAGGGCUCGAAUUUCAAAGAUGUGUGGAGAGAUGUAAGGAGUAUAUUCAUCACCUACCCCAAGACAGGUGUUGAUUUCAAACUAAAAUCUUAAAGUUGGUUUUUACAUCGAUAUCCGAAUCACAAAGACAAUUGGCGCAUAAAAUGCCUCCAGUUAUCCCUGUCAAGUCACUGUACUCGAUCGUCCUUGACAAGGUGACAAGCACUCUAUACCAUUCAGCAGCGACCGGGAAUUUCAAUUCAGAUGAUGUUCGCAAGUACUUGCUUCGCGUGCUGCAUUCAGGAAUUCGGCAAGAUCUGAUUUCCUCUGCCACCAAGAAGUACAAGGCUGACACGGGCACUGUCCGAUUCAGCACGGCGUGCAAGUACAACACGUACAAGUUGUUUGACCUCAUCGGUCUGGUGCUUGACUCGACCAUCAGACGCUUGCACCCUAUCGACCAGGACAGUUUCCUCUGGAUCAAUGAGUGUCACGAGCUCUUUUCCUGUUUGGAAAACUGCCAGGCUGUCGGACUAGAGGAACUGAGCGUCCGCGUGCGGAUCAACCCACGUCACGAUCUCGAAUUUGUAUCCAUCAUGAACACCACCUUCCACAGGGUUCUGUACAAAAUGACAAACCUGCGAGUGUUGAUUUUACGGAGCAUCUGCGACAACGAGAUGCUGCGACUCAUCGGUGAGCACUGUCCCAAAUUGGAGCACUUGGACAUGACGUCCUCUUGGCUAGUGGAUGACAGAGGAAUCAGGCACUUGCUGCUGAAAAAUCCCAUGUCAUUUUACGAAAAUGAUUACUCAACGAGUGCAGAUUGCGAGAAAACAGCGUGCUGCGCUCAUUUAAAAGUUGUUCGGAUUCAAGACACAAACACAACAGAGCUUGGAGUCAUAAUGCUGCUGCUGUUCAUACCGCAGCUACGCUCCCUUGGAGGCUUCAUUUACUACAGAAAUGUGGGUGAUGCCAUCCUGUCUCUGCUAGACUGGAAGCCAUCCUUGUUCUUAAGACUGACAGACCUUUGGGACACCCACCUACCCGAUGGCAAGUCCGAGAAGCUGAUUUACGCUUUGCCUGGCCUCCAGAGUUUGUACACCAGAGGGACAUACCUGCCGAGGAUUUCAGCCUGGAAGUUUUUGACAUCGCUCACCAUCGACUUUGACUUCCGAGACUUUGGAGCGCUCUUAGAAGAUUUUCUCGCCGUUUGCGGGCCUCGCUUGCAGAAGCUUGCUAUUGUUGAUCAGGUCCAUGCGAUGAACUUGGAAUCCAUGUGCCAACUGUGCCCAGCGCUGACAGAGCUAACGGCAAAAAUUUGCUGCGACAUAAAAGACGGAAGGUGGAGAAUGAGCCCAAAAUCAAGAAUGCCUCUACUCAAAAUUGCGAAAGUGCGCCUGGAAACCGCUGAAGUUCUCCCUGCGCUGCUCUUGUGCACGCCUGAGUUGACAAACCUGGAAAUUUUCUACGAGCAGGAUGGUACUUCGCCUGACCUGGACGACGUGAUCCUCUCCCAAGCUCUGCAGUCUGCAAAGCACGCGGCGGACCCACCAUGUUUAGAGUUGUUGUACAUCAGGACAGAAAGCUCGCUUGGGUGGCUUGGUUUGAUGGAUUUACUGACGUUCUGUCCUAACUUGAAGUGCGUUGGCGACCUAUAUCAUUGGUCGGCGCUAGACAAAACAAGUCUAGAGCAGCUGGAGGAGUUAACGAUCAUCAGAAAUUGGAAUUUAACCAUCCUGUUUCAAGGCGUGAGGCUCUCAGCAGGUAACUUUUUGAAAAUGUAAAUUUCACCCAGUUGAAUGGCAAGGAAGAAAUUUGUGGUUUAUAAAUUUGACUCUUGAAUUUGUAAGGCUGGAAUAUGUAAUGCGAGAAGACUUAAAAUAAGGUUAAAUUUAGGACGUUUGAAAGAGGUAUGACCCUUUUGGCACCAAAAUUAUUGUAAUGAAAAGACUUGAAAAUAUUUAUCAUACAUAAUGUUUAGCAAUUAACACUAAGCAAUAGAAGCAAUAGCAUACUACAUAUAUUUUGGAUGAAGGAAAGAGUGUUUGGUAAAAAUUACUUGUGCCAUUUUGGUUUUCGGGUAUUUAUCGGAGAUGCAUAUUUAUACACUAGAACCGGAAUUUUAUUUUAUUGAUCUCUUGAGUGUCAAGGUCUAGAAAUUUGUUUUAUUUUUCUUUGCGAGGUACUUGACAAAUAAGUUUGGCGUGUGUCUUUUUAAAGUUUAAAUGUUAAAAAUAAGAUUUUCAGGUACCUGUAUUAUUAUACACUAACAUAAUUAUUAUGCAGCAAUUAAAUGUUCGUUUUUGUUUAGUGCAUGUUGAUUUUUACAUUAAUGCAAUGGAUGCAAAUAACAAUACUAACACGAAGCAUGAAGAACGUGGAUUGCACACAUGAUUAUUUGAAUAAGAGGAAAUCAGAAUUUAAGACAUUACAGUGGUUUUAGAGUGUGACAUUUAUUGUCCUUUUAUAAAAAGCAUAAUUACUAACGCCUUAUAAGGCAAAUUCAAUCUAUAAGGGAUGUAACAAUUAACGAACCUUGUAAAAGAAAAUUUGUCACUUUAAGUGUGUGUUUUAGAAUAAGUCUUUGUUUUUUUAUCAAACAUUUUUUGAAAAUAGUGUAAUUUAUUGUGUGAUAACAGAGGAGAAUGAGUUUAAUUAAUUAAGACUGAUAUACUUGUGAUGUAUUUUUUCUUCAAUAUUUCGCGAGAUAAGAAUUUUAUGUAUAUAAUGAAUAAAUAUUUGUCUUUUCUUCAAUACCAAAA